CGCGCUGCGGGUGCCGGGGGUUCCCGGCACGGUUCCCCCCGGGUCUGGGGAUUCCGCCCAUUCCCCCUGCGGGAGUCGCGUCCCAGCGAUUGAUUGCAGCUCUGCUUUCUGCCCUAACCCCGCGGAGUGCAAUUCGGAUGUUGCAUCAUCAACAAACCCGUCCCGUGCCCGUGUCCCGCAGCUGUCGGGCGGCAGCGUCCUCCAGCCCGUGUCCCUCCAUCCCGUGUCCCCCACCUGCAGCGCCGCGCUCUGCCCUCCCCGGCCGUCCAGCCCCAUCCCGACCUCCCUCGCGGAGCUGGGAGCGUGCCCUUCUGCUGCUUCUGCCCAUUCAGCUCAACGUCUCCAUUAAACGUCCCGCUUUGCAGCAGACGUGCUCCUGCUUUAGGCUUUUGCGUCGACCCAACGCUGUUCCUGCUUUGGGGUUUUGCUUUGCCUUGUAUCAGCUGCCCUGCGCACCGAUCCUUCUCCACUCCAUCCAUCUGUCCAUUCCAUUCAUCCACCUCUUUGUCCCAUCCAUCCAUCAUUUCUGUCUGCCUGUCCCAUCCAUCUGUCUGUCCCGUCCAUCCCUCCCUCUCCCCUGAGCCCUCCCAGGACAGCCGGCAGCAGGCUGCAGACCAAGGGAAAUAUUUCUGUGCUUGCAUCAGGGCGUUCCUGCUUCUCCUCCGGCGCGUGCACCUCUGCAGUGCUCUGGCUGCUCCAGGCCAUCCCCAGCCCCGGGGCUCACCCAGGGGGAGAUCACCAAGUGCUGAACCCCAUGCAUCCACAUCCCCCUUUGUGCAUGUGUUCCUCGUGGGGACGAGGAGGGGAGAAACAGUGGCAUGAGGAUUUGGGGACCUGCACUUUCCCUUGCUCUGGCAGAGGGACAUGUGGUGCUUCCCUCCUUCAGCUUCUGGGAUUUCAGAUAUUGGGACCCCGUUGGGACCUUGGAUGUGGGGACUCCGGUGCCACCAUGAGAGCUGCCCUCCCUGCCCCCCUGCUUACGGCGUUUGGGAGAGAAGGGGAUGGGAAGCAGAGCAAGAGGCUCCCAUACUGUGUGGUUGUAUUGCUGCUUAACAUUAAGAAUGACAUUUGUAGAGCAAUUCCCACUGGAACUGGGAUGUGUGAGCUUGUCCGGAGGCAGAAGGGAUCAGCUCACCUCUUGCACUGUUGUGUUUCUCUUUGGAACUCUGCUGCUCUUGGGGUUUCCAGCACUCCCUUUGUUGUGCUUUUGGGGUUUCAGCCCUAUUGAUGCCAUCCAUGGGAAUAACCAAAGUGUCCUCAGCUUCCCCAGAGCUCCCACCUGUGGGGCUCACACUGCUCCCAGUGAGCGGGGCAAGAGCUCCAGCAGUGUCCUCUCUGAUCCCACAGAGAGGAGAGCAAAUACUCUGCCAUCAAUUUAUUUUUUUGAGUUCUUCUACUUGGGUUUAAAGUUAGGUUCAAAGGGUCCCUUGACCCAAGAUCCUGCAGGGCUGGCUCUCAGUAAUCCUAUGGGAAUGGAGAACUCUGGUUUAUAACCUCCUUGCCCAUCUCACUGCAUCUCCACAGGAUGUUGGGUUGACUGAGUGAUGCCCGUGCUUUUGGGAAGAGAGGAUCCACGUAGAGCCAUAGGGUCAUUGAGUUGGAAGGGCCCCUUAAAGGCCAUCUGGUCCAACUCUCCUGCACUGCCCUGUAGGGGCACCUACAGCUCAAGCAGGUGCUCAGAGCACAGUGCACAUCAUCAUUGGCUGAGAGAUGAGGGGUCUGAGGACAGCAUAGCCUUGGGGUUGGCAUUUUUCUGCAGACCAUGGGCAACCCUUGCCUUUGUAAAACAAAUCUUUCUUUUUCCCAGAUCGGCAGCUUGGAAAACUACUACCACUUCCACCACAGCAAAACGUUCAAGCGCUCGACACUGAGCAGCCGGGGACCUCACACCUUCCUCCGCAUGGACCCCAAGGUGGAGUGGCUGCAGCAGCAGGAGGUGCGGCGGCGGGUGAAGAGACACGUCCGUGGUGAUCCCCCCUCCCUGCCCUUCAACGACCCGGUGUGGCCCAACAUGUGGUACCUGCACUGCGGGGACAGGAACAGCCGCUGCCGCUCGGAGAUGAAUGUGGUCGCUGCCUGGCAGAGGGGCUACACCGGCAGGAAUGUGGUGGUCACCAUCCUUGAUGACGGGAUAGAGAGGAACCACCCCGACCUGCUGCAGAACUACGACCCUCUUGCAAGCUACGAUGUUAAUGGGAAUGACCAUGACCCAACGCCUCGCUACGAUGCCAGCAAUGAGAAUAAGCACGGCACACGCUGCGCGGGGGAGGUGGCAGCAGCAGCCAACAACUCGUACUGCAUUGUGGGCAUUGCCUACAACGCACGCAUUGGAGGCAUUCGUAUGUUAGAUGGAGAUGUAACAGAUGUUGUUGAAGCGAAGUCGCUUGGCAUCAGACCCGAUUACAUUGACAUUUACAGCGCGAGCUGGGGGCCAGAUGAUGAUGGGAAGACAGUUGAUGGACCCGGCCUAUUGGCCAAGCAGGCUUUUGAGCAUGGCAUUAAAAAGGGCCGCAGGGGCUUGGGGUCCAUUUUUGUCUGGGCAUCAGGAAAUGGCGGCCGGGAGGGUGACUACUGCUCCUGUGAUGGCUACACCAACAGCAUCUACACCAUCUCCAUCAGCAGCACUACUGAGAACGGCUACAAACCCUGGUACCUGGAGGAGUGUGCAUCCACCCUGGCCACCACCUACAGCAGCGGGGCCUUCUAUGAGCGGAAAAUUGUCACCACUGACCUCCGGCACCGCUGCACUGAUGGCCACACCGGCACCUCCGUGUCUGCACCCAUGGUGGCCGGCAUCAUCGCCUUGGCUUUGGAGGCAAAUCCCCUGCUCACAUGGAGGGAUGUCCAGCACCUCCUGGUCAGGACGUCACGGCCAGUACACUUGCGGGCAGCUGAUUGGAAGACCAACGGAGCAGGGCAUAAAGUUAGCCAUCUAUAUGGCUUCGGCCUGGUUGAUGCAGAAGCUAUAGUAGUGGAAGCUAAGAAAUGGAAGACGGUGCCACCCCAGCACGUCUGCGUGGGAAGCCUGGACAGGGUACCCAAGUACAUCCGCCCGGACCACGUGCUGCGUGCCAGCACCCUGAGCAGCGCCUGCAGCGAGCAGCGCGAGCAGCACGUGCUGUACCUGGAGCACGUGGUGGUGCGGCUCAGCAUCGCGCACCCGCGCCGCGGUGACCUGCAGAUCAGCCUCGUGUCUCCAGCAGGGACCAGGUCACAGCUCCUGGCCAGGAGAGUGUUUGACCAUUCCAACGAGGGUUUCAAGGGCUGGGAGUUCAUGACGGUGCACUGCUGGGGCGAGAGGGCAGCCGGCGAGUGGACACUGGAGAUCCAGGACACGCCGUCCCAGGUGCGCAGCCCCACCGCGCAAGGGAAGCUGAAGGAGUGGAGCAUCCUCUUCUACGGGACAGCUGAGCACCCCUACAACACGCCAGGGGCCCCCCAGCCCCGCACAAGGACACUGGAGGUAUCAGAUAUGGAACCGUCGAGGGCUGCCUUCCUGCAGAGCCAGGUGGAGAUGGCAGAGGAGGAGGAGGAGGAGUAUGCGGGUCCCUGCCACCCCGAGUGCGGUGACCAGGGCUGCGAUGGCCCCAGCGCCGAUCAGUGCUUGAACUGCAUCCACUACAGCCUGGGCAGUGUGAAAACCGGCAGGAUGUGCGUCAGCUCCUGCCCAGCAGGGUUCUUUGGCGACAAGGCAGCGCGGAGGUGCCGGCGGUGCUACAAGGGCUGCGAGAGCUGUGUUGGUCGGGGCCCAGGGCAGUGCACAGCGUGCAAGAGGAGCCUCUACCACCACCCUGAGAUGGGUGCCUGCCUGCCCCUGUGCCCCCCCAGCUUUUAUGCCGAUGAACGUCAGAAACGCUGUCUGAAAUGUCAUCAAAGCUGUAAAAAGUGUCUCGGCGAGCCGGAUAAGUGUACUGCAUGCAAAGAUGGGUUCAGCCUGGUAGGAGAGAGCUGUGUGCCCGAGUGCCAGCCUGCCAUGUACCUCAGCCGUGAGCACCGGCGCUGCGAGACCUGCCCUGCUGGCACAGGAGCCGGUGAGGAUGACUGCACACCCUGUACCCCCGACAGCUCUGCACCUCACUGGCGCUGCGUUCCCGCCUGCCGGGAGGGCUUCUAUCCUGCCGACAGCCACGGGCUGCCCAACAAGGUCUGCAAGAGGUGCGAUGAGCACUGCUCUGCCUGUGAGGGCUCCAGUGGGAACUGUGUGCGGUGUAAGGACGGCUUCAGCCUUCUUGGUGGCUCCUGUGUGACCAAUGAGACCUGUACCAAUGCUGACAAGACUUUCUGUGAGAUGGUGAAAUCAAACAAGCUCUGUGAAAAGAAGCUGUUUGUGCAGUUCUGCUGUCAGACGUGUCUUAUGGCCGGGUAAAGUCCAGCAGCCGCAUCCAGGACUUCCACCGACUGCCAGCCCGGUUUUGCCAAAUGUUUAGGACAAAGUUUUAUUUUUCAGCUUUGGGAGAGUUUACAUGGUGCUGUCGUAAGUUUGAUGGCUUUAAUAUCACUGUCAGCUUGUUUCUAUAGCAAUAUGUUAAGCAGAGAGCAGAUCGUAGCCUGGAUGAUGGAGACCUGAAAGGCCCCAGGCAGGCAGUGAUAUUAAUACUCUCAAACACUCCUCAUGAGCAGGGAGCAAGGCGUGACCCGUGCACCCAGGUUUGGUUCUGCACAGAAAUCCUACAGACGUGUGUGCUUGGAGUGGCCGAGGGGACAUGGGACAGCACACACACGCGGGUCUGGCCCCGCUUUGUGCUCGGCGACAGCCCCAGAGACCUGCACUGCUGCCAGCCAGCGCCGUGCUCCGUACCCAUGUGAAACGACGAGCGGGCACUGCCUGGAGCGAGCUCUGUGCCGCUCUGCCACCCCGUUCGGAUCCAGCUGCUUCUCCCUGGCUGUGAGAGUGGCGACGACUGGAGCUCCGCAGAGCAAAGCCCCUUGUGUGCAGGCAGAGCCGGGUGCCUGCAGGGAGGUUUCGUCCACACGGAGCAGCGUUAUGGCAAAAUGCAUUUUCCUCCCCAAACGCUGAGUCGUCGUUUAGUUGGGGAAGGAGCGCCGUCCUUCCUCUCGGAGGUGGUUUCCCAGUUCAUCUCUUCCAGCAUUUUGCAUCACCAUCCUGCCUUUUGCUGGGAUACCUCCCAGCCACGGCAGUGAUUUUCUUUCUCCUCUGUUUCCAAAAGAGACAUUCCAGGGAUCUGGCCAGGAAACACUCAGUUCCACAAACCCUCCCCCAAACAACCCUCUCCAUGCUCUCUCUUCCUAGUACGUCAUGUGGUGUUUAUACAAUUGUGUUUAAAAUAUCCUUGGCUAUGUUGUUUUACAGAUUUUUUUUUAAAUAACUUAUACAGUCCUUGUUUUUCUCUGUAGACUAUUUUUUUCAUAUGGGGAGUGGGGAAUCUUUGGUGUCCUUCAUCCUUCUCCUCUCUGAGCUCACAGAGACGCUCUUUUUAACCAAACAUCCACAGUAUUUCCCUAUGCUGCAUGUUCUGAUUUUCAUUGUUGAUAGAUUGAAUUUGUUAAACCUUUUGCCAGUGAAACUCACAGUAUGAAUCAACGCUGGUUCCUGUUGGAACUGGGCUGAUCCCUGCUUGUUCUCCAUUGCCACGCUGCGCCCUGCCCAGGCUUGCCUCUGUGGGGCAAAGAGGGGAGAGCCUCGCCUGAGAGCCUUGGGUGAACUGACCUUUAAGUUAAUAAACUAUUGAUCUCCCCUGA